AUGCUGCGGGGCUGGCUGCUCCUGUCCUGCCUCGUGCUCGGGUCGGCGCAGACGUUGCUGGACAGAGCCAAACAAAUCAUGAAAGUCACGCCGGUGAUUGACGGGCACAACGACCUGCCCUGGCAGCUGCUGCGGAAGUUCAACAACCAGCUGGGCACGGCGGAGGCCAACCUCACGCUGCUCGAGGGCACCCACACCAGCAUCCCCAAGCUGCGCAGCGGGCAUGUUGGGGGGCAGUUCUGGGCAGCCUACGUGCCCUGCGACACGCAGAACAAGGACGCGGUGAGGCGCACGCUGGAGCAGAUUGACGUCAUCCAUCGCAUGUGCCUCAUGUACCCCCAGGACUUCGCCUGCGUCAGCAGCAGCGCGGGCGUGCGGCAGGCCUGGCAGGCCGGGCAGGUGGCCAGCCUCAUCGGCAUCGAGGGCGGGCACUCCAUAGACAGCAGCCUGGGCGCCCUGCGCAUGUUUUACCGCCUGGGCGUGCGCUACAUGACGCUCACCCACAGCUGCAACACGCCCUGGGUGGACAACUGGCUGGUGGACACGGAGCAGGAGCAGGCGGUGCACAACGGGCUGUCGGUGUUCGGGAAGCGCGUGGUCCAGGAGAUGAACCGGCUGGGCAUGAUGGUGGACCUGGCCCACGUGUCAGUGAAGACCAUGACGGACGUCCUGGAGAUCUCCCAGGCUCCGGUCAUCUUCAGCCACUCGUCGGCCUACGCGCUCUGUCCGCACCGGCGCAACGUGCCCGACGAUGUCCUCCGCGUGGUGGGCCAGAAGCGUGGUGUGGUGAUGGUGAACUUCUACAAUGACUACGUGUCCUGCAGCAAGAGCGCCAACCUCUCCCAGGUCGCAGAUCACCUGGAUCACGUGAAGAACAUUUCGGGUUACCAGGCCGUCGGCUUUGGCGGGGACUACGACGGGGUCCCCAGGGUGCCGCAGGGCCUGGAGGACGUGUCCAAAUACCCGGAGCUGGUGGCCGAGCUGCUGCGGCGGAACUGGAACGAGACGGAGGUGCGAGCCGCCCUGGCCGAGAACCUGCUGCGGGUCUUCAAGGAGGUGGAGGACACCGGGAUUAGGCUGUCGAAGGAGACGUCGCCGGCCGAAACGCCCAUCGCAUUCGAGGAGCUGGGCGGGGAGUGCAGGACCCGCUAUGGCUACCCCGGCAGCGCCAGCGUGGCUAGACUCCUGCCUGCCGCCCUCGCUGUCCCGUUCCUCCGCGUCCUGCUCCAGUAGGACUCCAGGGUCCAGCGCCCUCUGCCCCACCGCGGCCAGGCAGUGCCCCCCGGGCCGCCACCACCUGCAGGGGACGUGGCUGGCUGCGGGCUGCCCCCCGAGGCCUGGCCCAGCGGAGGAGCAGAGCGGGGGCAUUUCCAUUGCCACGACCCAUGGUAACAGGCUGUGCCGUGGCCUCUGCUCGCAGCGGCUCCUUCCUCCCACAGCCCCGGGUGCUCAGCCAACAGCCCGGCUGCUGCCUGCCCACCCGUCGAGAGCACGGCAUUGCUGCCAAUAAACCGCCGUGCCCCCUG